AUGUUCGAGAGGUUCUGUUUUUUAGUGAUGACAGGCUCGUCUACUGCUGUAGUGUUGCGUGAUACCAAAAAGAUUGACGAUGUACCAGUUCUUGUCGAUGCCUUACCUUAUCUCGAUUCCGAUUAUACUGAAUCUGAUCGGCAGAUGGCUGUACAGUUAAUCGAGAAUGAAUGCAGAGUGUUUCGACCCGUUAAAAAUUAUUUGCAAAAUAUGUCAUCUCCAGAUUUUGAUGUAUUUCUGACGCCGUGCCUGAUUAAGGAGUAUAUUAGAAUGUCGAAAAAGCAAUUAAGCAUUUCAAUUUUUUGUAGAAAGAGUGGUGAAAUGCAGAAGUUAGAUAUGUCACGAUAUGAAUUAUCAUGUCCAUCCACAACAGGACGACAAGGUGACAAAACUUCUUGGAGAAAAGCAAUACGUAAUGCGGCUGCUCAAAAUGAACAUCUAUUACUUCGUAAUAUUAAUUUACAAUUAAUGGAUGAAUAUGCUCCACCUGUAUACCUUCGAUACAAUAAAGAAUUGGAGACUAUGCUGCAUUGUGAGGAGCGAGAAUUGAGAAGACUGCGAGAAGAAGUAAUGGGAAUUCAUUCAAAAAGACGAAAAAGUCAAAUGGAAGCGGGUCUAAAACUUAAGAGUUUGGAGCAAAGCUGGGUACAAAUGGUUACUAAAAACUACAAAAUGGAGCUUGCUUGUCAAGAAUUAGCCGCGGAUAAUGAAGUAUUGGCCAAAAAAGCGAAAUUAGUCGAGUAA